AUACGUAGCAACAACAGAUUGUAUUUGGUGGUACAGGAGAAAUGCGAAAACAGGAAAAAUAACAAUAUAUUUUGCGAACUCAUAUUGGAACAAUCUAUCAUGAGAAUGAUAAAGGUGCAGCAUCAGCAACAUGCUGGAAGCUCUCUUAUUGCUAUCUCCGCUCUUACUGCAGUCAUUAUGAUAUCCGGUGUGAGAGCGGAUGAUUCUACCUUCUCAAUUAUCCCUACACCCAUCCAAACACUCUUGUUCAACGGCACUAUCAACGUCACUGCUCCAGUUAACUUUACAAUUAACGCAACGAAUACAGUCAACGUGAGUUCCGUUGUGUCGUCUUCCACCGUGCUACCGAGUUUGAUAAGCCCCCUGUCAAACAUCACUAAACCAACAGACAAUGUGUUCUUCUUGGAAUUCAAGCUUUUGUUUCGGGAGUGGAGCAGCGCGCUGAUAUCCGGCACAAGUCCGGAGUUCAUUCUUCUCGCAAAUGAGAUCACUACACAGGUUGACGAUUUAUACUACAGCCGAAACAGCAGUAUGGAAUAUAAGGGAAGCCGUGUCAUUGGGUACAGUAACUCUUCCAGGGAAGGGCUGUAUGUCUCCCUCAAGCUGGAGUUCGGUGGAGUGGCGCUCAACACAUCCGUGUUGGACCCCCUGCUGGAGUACCUUCGGUCUGGUGGAUCAGGGGGGGUUUACACUGAUACGGUUUUUAUCAAGCUUAGCAAAUAUGCCGACUGCAUCGUCAACUACAUGUACACUCAGCUGUGUCACUGUAAGACAAAGACGUACAAGAUGCAGCCUAAGUGUGCAGAGCCAGACGUGCGGGGUGGAGAGGCUUGUCCUCACACGUGCUACAACGGGCACCAAGUUGUCGGUACCAGGCCCUGUUCUUGGGACGACCUCGAUCGGUUUCUAUGUGCUGCCGGGGGCGUAGGGCCUAGCAUAUUUCUUCUAUGCACCGUGCUGGCCUUGAAGAUGUUUCUCAUUUAACAUAGCCAGUCACUGUCAGCAGUAGACAAUGUUGCUUUUUCUUUUGCACGCGACGAGCGCUACCGUGUCGAUGCCGUCGCCACCAAUAAUUAUUUUAAGUUGGCCAAUCAGCAUGUGAGAUUGGGCUGACACAAAUUUUAUCACGAGGAUAAUUCCAUUGGAUACUAAUUCACUAGUAGUGGCGUUGAGGUCCAAUCAAAUAGCACUUUUCAGGCAACCAUUAUUGACUUACAGUACUUUACUUUCGUGUACGCAAGACAUCUACAAUAACUACUUUUCUCCAUGAGUAGGUACAUCACAUUUAAAGAAAGCACUAGCAGCGACAGAAAUAAACAUAUCCCAAUAUAAAAAAUAAAUUAAGGAUGGCGUA